AUGGGAGGUUGUGUUUCAAUAUCAGUGUCUUGUGAUCAAACACUGAACCAGGUUGGUCGUUGUUUGACUAAGAAAGCAAGUUACAUAAGUAAGCUCCAAGAAAACGUGGAAACUCUGCAGACGGCAACGCAAGAGCUCAAGGAUCUCAGGGAUGAUUUGGUAACAAGAGUUUCUUUAGAGGAAGAGAAAGGUCAGAGACGGCUUGCAACUGUUCAAAGAUGGCUUUCAAAUGCUGAGACAAUCGAAUCCCAAGUCAAUGAACUGCUUGCAACAGGUACCGAGAUUUCUAGAAGUUUUAGAUCGAGGUUUGAUUACGGUAAAAGGGUAUUCAAGAAGAUCAAAGAAGUCAAAGAUCUCAAGUACUCUGGAGGAAGUUUUAAAGUCAUGUCCGAGAGAGUUCCUAGGUGUAAAGUGGAAGAGAGGCUUAUCCACCCUGUAGUUGGUAUGAAGGCAAUGGCUGAAAAGGUUUGUAGUAGUCUCAUGGAAGAUGAAGUUGGAACGUUAGGUCUUUACGGGAUGGGAGGUGUCGGUAAAACCACACUCCUCUCUCAAAUCAACAACAGUUUUGUUGACAUAGUAAAUGAUCUUGAUGUGGUGAUAUGGGUUGUGGUGUCUAAAGAUCAAAAGACAGAGAGUGUUCAAGAAACAAUCUUAAGAAGACUUGGUCGUUGCAGUGAGGAGUGGAAACAUAGAAAGGAAGAUGACAAAGCGUCUGAGAUCAGGAAAAUGUUAAAGGGUAAGAGAUAUAUGUUGUUGUUGGAUGACAUAUGGAGUAAAGUGGACAUUCAAAAGAUAGGAGUCCCUUUACCUACAAGAAUGAACCGAUGUAAAGUAGUGUUCACCACUCGGUCUAAGGAAGUGUGCUCAGAGAUGAGGGUUGAUGUUGAGAUGGAAGUCAAGUGUUUGGAGUUGGAUGAAGCGUGGGAGUUGUUUCGGAUGAGAGUUGUGGAUCUAACUUUAGAGAGCCAUCCAGACAUUCCUAAAGUUGCAAGAAAAAUAACUAAAAAAUGUUACGGUUUGCCACUGGCGCUCAAUGUUAUUGGGGAGACCAUGUCAUCUAGAAAGACAAUACAAGAAUGGUCUCACGCGCAUGAUGUCUUGAAUUCGUUUGCUGCUGACUUCUCAUGUAUACAAGACAAGAUUCUUCCUAUCUUGAAGUUUAGCUACGAUAAUCUAAAAGAUGACGUGUUUAGGAAGUGUUUACUGUACUGUGCUUUGUUCCCGGAAGACUAUGAGAUUGACAAGGAAGAGUUGGUGGAGUAUUGGAUAUGCGAGGGAUUUAUAGAUGAGGACAAAGACAGAGAUAAAGCUAUGAACCAUGGUUAUGAGAUCAUGGGUACUCUUGUUCGUGCCUGUUUAUUGAUGGAGUAUGAGCAUACAGAGUUUCUCAAGAUGCAUGAUAUGGUUCGUGAGAUGGCGCUGUGGAUAACAUCUGAUCUUGGUAAGAAGAAAGAGAGCUUCAUUGUGAAAACCGGUUUCAAACUAAGACAUGUCCCAGAGGUGGAAGAUUGGAGCGUUGUGCAGAAGAUGUCAUUGAUGGGAAAUGAAGUUGAGAAGAUAAGCGCAGGUCCUUAUGGGACAAAGAAACUCGUGACACUCUUCCUCCAAAACAACAAGCUGAUGAGUAUCUCAGAGAGUUUCUUUCAAUGGAUGACAGAGCUUAAGGAUCGUUUCUUUGCACACCUCUCACAGUUGCCUGCAGACAUUUCAAAGUUGGUUGCAUUGCAGUAUCUUAACUUAUCAAGUACAGGGAUCGAGGUUUUGCCAUUUGGUAUAAAAUAUUUGACAAAACUAACACACCUGAACUUAGAGUUCACACAGAAGCUCAAGAGUGUUGUUGGGAUAUCGAAUCUAUUGAGUCUGCAAGUACUAAUGCUAUUUGAGUCCAAUAUUCCUCUGAGUAAUGGCUUAGUGGAGGAGGAGCUCAAGUCCUUGGAACAUUUGGAACUUUUGACUCUAACUCUAAAGGAUACCUUUGUGAUGGAACGGCUCCUAAACAUCCACAGCUUAGUGAACUUUAUGCGCCACUUAUCUCUCGAUAAAUGUAUACCAAAUGCUGUCAGAAUAUCAUUAGUGGCAGCAGGGUCGAGUUCUCCAUAUGGUAUGGAUAGGCCACUGCAGCACAUGAAGAUUCCAAAUCCUAUGUACUUCCGAAGCCUCACACGUGCAAACAUUGUGAACUGCGAAGGUCUAAGGGAUUUGACAUGGCUGAUGUAUGCACCUAGCCUGACUAAUCUUCAUGUGGAAAUGUCAUUUCAGAUAGAAGAGAUAAUAAGUAGAGAGAAAGUGAUGAAGAUUGAUGGAGAGGAAGCCAAGUCUACUACGCCCUUUCUGAAACUAGAAUCAUUCUCACUUCUGUUUUUGUAUGAAGUGAAGAGUAUCUAUUGGAGUCCUUUACCCUUUCCUGCUCUUAAAUAUCUAAAGAUACUCAGGUGUCCAAAUCUAAGGAAACUUCCUCUCGAUUCUGCAAGCGCCAAGGGAUGUGAUCUUGUCCUGGAUGCUUAUGGACAGUGGUUGCGAGAUGUUGAAUGGGAGGAUGAAGCUACUAAGAACCGGUUUUCUCCAACCUGA